AUGGCUGCUCUUUUGCUGUUACUUUUAACGCUUUCGGUCUUUUUAACCUCUGCUCUUCAUCAACAACAACAAUUGCUCAUGCAAUUCAAGGCCGCCAUUUCCACAAACGGCACUUCUUUGCCCGACUGGACUCCCUUUCACCACUUCUGCAACUGGUCUGGUGUUACUUGCCAUUCCAAUUCUCACUCUGUCCGUGACCUCAAUUUAACCCAAAUGAAUUUAGACGGCACCAUCUCUCCUGUGCUGGGAAACCUCUCCUCCCUUCGAUACCUUGACCUCUCCCACAAUUAUCUCACUGGUACCUUUCCACCUCAACUCGGCCAACUCUCAAAUCUACGAACACUCCGGCUGAGCCAUAAUCAAUUACAAGGAAGCAUUCCGCCUGCUCUAUCUGUUUGCCGCAGUUUGUAUCAUCUGGCACUCUCCUAUAACCAACCGCAUGGCAGCAUUCCGUCUGAACUCAGUCUUCUCACAAAUUUGAACUACCUCUACUUGGGCUUAAACACUCUCACAGGCACCAUCUCUCCUGUGCUGGGGAAUCUCUCUUUUCUUAGAUCCCUAGAUCUCUCCCUCAAUCACCUCACUGGUACCAUUCCACCUCAACUCGGCCAACUCCCACAUCUACGGGAACUCUGGCUUCACGGAAAUCAAUUACAAGGAACCAUUCCGCCUGAGCUCAGUCUUCUCACAAAUUUGAGGUACCUCUACUUGGGCUCAAACACUCUCACAGGCACCAUUCCGCCUUCUUUCAGAAAUCUGUCCGCCUUAGUUGACUUGGAUUUGGGCGAAAAUAACUUAUCGGGCACCAUUCCCCCUGAAUUGGGAAUGCUCACUCGCCUACAGACUCUUUUUCUUUAUGAAAAUAACUUAUCAGGAACCAUUCCCAGAUCUUUAACAAACCUCUCAAAAUUGAAUGAAUUAGUUUUAACCAAAAACCAGAUAACUGGAAAUAUUCCUUGGGAAAUUGGUACCAAGCUCUCCAAUUUGGUAAUGCUUACUUUAUGGGGAAAUCAGCUUAGUGGAAACAUACCAAACUCCUUGGGAAAUUGUUCCCGUCUCGAAGGACAUGCUUUAGAUAAUAACAAUCUCAGUGGAACGGUUCCAAUGGAGCUGGGUAGGUUGAACCUUCUAACCCGGCUUUACCUGCACACCAAUCAACUUGUUAGUGACAGCACUAACAAAUUGGCUUUUCUCACUGCUCUCACAAAUUGCUCCCACUUGCAAGGAAUAGCAAUGCAAUAUAACAGUUUUACUGGCAUAUUGCCCCCAUCCAUAGGCCAACUAUCUUCCAAUCUCGGUUUCUUGAAUUUGCGAGGCAACAUGAUAAGCGGAAGCAUACCACAAGAGAUUUCCAAUCUGACAAACUUUACUUACUUAGAUUUAGGUGAAAAUCUUUUCGGCGUCAAUAUUCCAUCUGGAAUUAAAAGAUUACAUGAGCUGGAAAGAUUCUAUUUGGAUGGAAACAAAUUAGAAGGAAGCAUUCCAAGUGAGAUAGGUCAAAUGCAACAUCUCGGAGCCUUAGAUCUUGGUCACAACCAGUUGUCUGGAAGUAUACCAGAUUCUCUUUGUAGCUCUCACCAGUUAAGACGUCUUGAUCUUCAGCAGAACAAGUUAGUAGGGAAUAUCCCUGUUAGUUUGGAGGGAUGUCAGAAGUUGGAACUCCUUGAUUUGUCUUACAAUAAACUAGGGGGUGGGAUACCUGGUGAGGUCAUUGCCAGCCUUAAAAACCUGCCAUUCUACCUCAAUCUUUCAUGGAAUUAUCUUGAAGGGUCCUUGCCACAGGAGAUGAGUAAAAUUUUAAUGGCUCAAGCCAUAGAUGUAUCUGGAAAUCAACUUACUGGUGUCAUUCCAAUUUCUCUAGGAGACUGCACAGCAUUGGAGCAUCUGAAUCUGUCCCACAACGCCUUUGAAGGUCCAAUACCAGGACAGAUUCCAGAAGCAGGGUUGUUUCCAAAUAGAACUGUUGUAGCAUUGUUUAUGGGGAACCCUGGCCUAUGUGGCCCAAAACUCUAUGCAUUGCCUUCAUGCCCAAAUCACACCCACGGGAAACAUUCCCUGCUCAAAAAAAUCGUAUUAUCAGUUGUUGGAACCGUUGCAUUUGUAUUAUGCUUCUGCAUUAUAGCAAUUCUAUGGAGGCAUAAACGUUCAAGGCAACUUGUCCGUCCCUCAAGCUUUAUUUUUCGAAGGCUCGGCUAUCAAAAAUUUUCUUAUCAAGAUCUUGUGCAGACAUCUUUAAUGGGAGGUGCAGCUGCUUCAAAUUUAACAGCUAUCAUAUCAGAACUCCUGGAAAAUACCAACGCCACACAAACAGUAGCAUCUAACAGUGAAAGUUCUACAUUUUAG